AUAUACCAUUUUGUAGAGAAUUAAAUGGUGAAUCUUUUGCAAAAAGCAGCUGAAUUUUAUUAUGUAUGUUUCAUAUAAAUAACGUCAGUUUACAUAGAGGGGUCGAAACUUAUGAAACACCCUUUAUUUCAGAAGCUGGUCAUCAAUUAGAUACAUUAAAAAAUAUUUAUUUAACGUCAACAUCGUGUCGUGGUUUUCUAUCUAAAAUGGGUGGUAUUAAAUUUAGAACAUGGAAUCGUCGAUGGUUUGUUUUUGAUCGUAAACGUCGUUCAUUAUUUUAUUAUCAAGAUAAAACUGAAACAAAACUACGUGGUAUUAUUUAUUUUCAAUCAAUAUUAGAAGUUAAUUUUGAUCAUCUACAAUCAGUAAAAAGUCCAGAACAAAAAACAACAUUUAUUGUUAAAACAUUGGAGAGACCCUAUUAUUUAAUUGCACCAUCUCUAGAAGUUAUGAGAAUAUGGAUUGAUGUCAUUUCUACUGGUUCCGAAGGUGCUAGAGAGUACGAAACAUAA